AUAUAAAGCGGCGCGGGGAGGUGCCGCCCUUUUCUGCGCGGAGCCGCCAUGGACACGAGCCGCGUGCAGCCCAUCAAGCUGGCCAGGGUCACCAAGGUGCUGGGCCGGACCGGGUCCCAGGGGCAGUGCACGCAGGUGCGCGUUGAGUUCAUGGACGACACGAGCCGCUCCAUCAUCCGCAACGUGAAGGGCCCGGUGCGAGAGGGAGACGUUCUCACCCUGCUGGAGUCGGAGCGCGAGGCCCGGCGGCUGCGCUGAGCGGGACCUGCCCGAGCGGGACCUGCCCGAGCGCCCGUCCCUGGGUCCUCCGCCGGGGGAUGGAGCCUGUCGACCGUCCCUGCAUCGUCCGUCAGGGGAUGGAGCCUGGCGGGUGGGGAGGAGCGUGGUGGUCUUGUCACUGCAAUAAAGGGUUUUUCCAGUAGCCCCGU